GGCAGCAAGGCCCCUCCCUUUCUGCUCGCGAGCGGCCAUCAUGGUGUUCAAACGCUUCGUCGAGAUUGGCAGAGUUGCUUUCAUUUCCUUUGGGCCACAUGCUGGCAAGCUGGUGGCCAUUGUGGAUGUUAUUGACCAAAAUAGGGCACUAGUUGAUGGCCCCUGCAGUGGUGUCAGGAGGCAGGCUAUGCCCUUCAAGUGCAUGCAGCUGACUGAUUUUGUUCUCAAAUUCCCACACAGUGCUCGUCAGAAGUGUGUGCGACGUGCCUGGGAGAAGGAAAAUAUAAAUGAGAAGUGGGCAGCAACAAGAUGGGCAAAGAAGAUAGAAGCCCGAGAAAAGAAGGCCAAGAUGACUGACUUUGAUCGCUACAAGGUUAUGAAAGCAAAGAAAAUGAGAAACAGGAUCAUCAAGCAUGAAAUGAAGAAGCUCCAGAAGAUGGCUUCUAAAAAGGGCAAGAAGCCAGAGAAGUCAGAGAAAGCACCCAAGUUAGAGAAGGCGCCCAAGUCGGAAAAAGCACAAAAGUCAGAGAAGGCCCCCAAGUCAGAGAAGGCCCAGAAGGCUCAGAAAUAAAAUGAACUUCUAGUGAUGUAUGACUUUGUGUUCUUGUUCCAAUUCUUUAAAAUUGGCAAAUGGUUAAACAUCUGUUUUAAAUUGUAAUCAUAACUUCAUGUUUGUU